ACGCAGAGAACUAGGCUACAGAGUGGAUCAGCGCGCUCGGUGCGCAGACACAUCAGGUGCGCACCAGGAGAGACUCCAAGACGCGCAGCGGCAAGACUGAUGCAUACUGUACAGGUUUGCUUUGAAAGAUGUGUUUACAGGUAUUACUAAUGUGAGGUAUCAGGAUAAAGCGGGGGAUUUACCGAAACCUUGGGGUAAAGACACGAGAAAGCAAAAAAACCCAGAAAAAAACAAACAGUGUGAGCGCUUAAGGAGACGCACCGGACCAACAAAACCCUUGCUCUUAAAACUGUGUCAUGAAGCAGCAGCAGCGGGACACAGACCUCCCAUAGGUCAUUUUGACAAAGUUUCAAAUUCAUCUAAAAGGGGGGGAAAAAAGACAUCAUGAACUUAUCAGAGCCCGUUUGGCUCUAUGAAGAGUCGUGGAACGUGAGCAGAGCCGAGGAAGAGGACCAGAAACUUUUAUUCGGGAUCGGCACGGAUAAUUUCAUCACGCUGCUGGUUUUCGGGCUCAUCUUUACGCUCGGUGUGCUGGGCAACUCCAUGGUGAUCACCGUGCUGGCCCGGAGCAAACCAGGGAAACCACGGAGCACCACCAACAUAUUCAUCCUCAACCUGAGCAUAGCGGACCUCUCCUACCUGCUCUUCUGCAUCCCUUUCCAGUCCACCAUCUACAUGAUGCCGACGUGGGUCCUGGGCGCCUUCAUUUGCAAAUUCAUCCACUAUUUCUUUACUGUGUCCAUGCUGGUGAGCAUCUUCACACUGUCUGCCAUGUCCGUGGACCGAUACAUUGCCAUCGUCCAUUCCAGAAAGUCCUCCUCAAUCCGGGUGGCCAAACAUGCCUUGAUCGGAGUGGUGGUGAUUUGGAUACUGUCUCUGGCCAUGGCUGCGCCUGUCAUGUAUUACCAGAACAUUUUUCACAGAGGCGAGAAUCACACCUUUUGCUGGGAAGUGUGGCCAGAUCAAAACCAGAAGAAAGUCUAUGUCGUUUGCACGUUUGUUUUUGGUUAUGUGUUGCCCCUGCUGCUGAUUACCUUCUGUUAUGCAAAGGUUUUAAAUCACUUGCACAAAAAACUAAGAAAUGUCUCCAAAAAGUCAGAGGCAUCAAAGAAAAAGACUGCUCAGACGGUCCUGGUGGUGGUGGUGGUGUUCUGCCUCUCUUGGCUCCCUCAUCACGUCGUUCACCUGUGGGUGGAGUUUGGGACCUUCCCGCUGAACCAGGCCUCCUUCGUGUUACGGGUGGCUGCCCACUGCCUGGCGUACAGCAACUCAUCUGUCAACCCAGUCAUCUACGCCUUCCUCUCAGAGAACUUCAGGAAGGCCUACAAGCAGGUGUUCAAAUGCCAGAUCGGCACCAGUGACUCCCCCCUCAACGACAUCAAAGAGAUUCGCAGCAAAGCGGACACUCCGCCCUCGACUAACUGCACCAACGUUUGACUGGUGACAUGAAUAUAAAUUAUGGUGACUGUCACACUGAAACUCAAUGUAAAGUCACAGUGACAGAGCCAUCAGACAUGAGUGGGUGUGUGGAUUUUUUGACGUAGGUAAGUAUGCUUACCUAGUUUGCUUUGAUAUCGCUGCAGCUGCACACUGUUCCACAUAAGCGCUGUUCAUUAUACCUGGACCAGAGGAGAUCAAGCCACUGUGGCUGCACGACGUGAUUACUCCCUCUUUGAUCAGUCUCUGUUUCCUGCAUCUCAUCUUUCAUAAUAAAAACCUGUGGAGUUGGAAACUUAGGAAAAGGAUCCUCUCUCUAAAGUGAAACUUAUUAGAUUGUAGACAUUAUUUACAUAUGUCACAUCACGGUAUAUUUACAAGCCAAUACAUUAGGCAUAUGAGUACUGUCAGACUUCAAAACUAAUAAAAGUCAGUAUCAUUUGCUGUCUUACCGGGAGUUAGAUGGUGGGAUGUGCGUUAAGUGGAGAAACUGGUGCAUGUUAAUCUUGAUUAGCUUGAUGCAGAGUUUGGAGGCGUGGGUAGGCCGCUAGUCUCUAUGAAAAGAGAAAAAUGCAACUCCUUCAACUCCAAAUUUGUUGAAAAUGUAUAUGUUGGAAAUUCAGACAAUUUACAUGUUGUAACUUAUACUUAACUGGCUCAGUUGCUAUCGUUACCCGCUUCAGAGUCGGAAGGUGUGUGAACGGGGAUUACAGUGACUAGUUUUUAUUAUUGUUUAGUAGGAGGGAGUGGAGAUGUCCAUCUUAAUCUAAGUUAUAGUUAGAUGUGAAAUACAUGUCUAAAUUCACCUGUUGCACAAAGCUGUCUAGCUCUCCUCACUUUACUGUUUUGCCCUUAAGGAGAAAUUCAAUGGCUUACAAUGAGAUUUUACUGAGACAAUUGUAAUGUUGAGUGCAGUACAAAAAACUUUCUUGUGGCAUAAAAUCCUAACCUGUAGCACAGCUGGGUUGCUGUGGCAAGGGAAGGGCUCAGUACCUUUUUGGUCAUUCUGUGCCACUGGUCAGCAGGUGCCACUUAUUGCUAAAAUGGAAACAGGGCUCUUAAAGCAUGCAGUUGUUGCCCCACUAUUGUCUGACACUGCGUUGCACUGACCUUAGUAGGUGCAGCCAUUCACUAUUGACCUCUGUUUUUUGGGGGGGAGGGGAUGACACACAGCAAAGGGCCACAGGUCAGAGUCUAACCCAUGGUUCCAGCACCAGUUCUACCAGUUGAGCUGUCAGGGCACUCCUACUGGCCUCUGCUUGAACUAAAAAAUUUACAAAAAACUUUUUGUCUCUGAAUUUACACAACUGUGCAUAAUAAAAUCAACUCAAUGAUCCCUAAGAGGUCUGGGGAAACAGCCUUCCCAUGAUAUCUUGUACUGUAAAUAUCUAGCAAGAGGGGGUCUUUUUUUAGGGCAACUCUAUUAAUAAAGAUGCUAAUGAAUGGAAUGCGAUGAAAUAAAGGGUAAAACUGAACUUUACCCACAUUAGAUUUUGCACAUGGGAAAAUGUCUCAACCAGAGCACAUCAGAUACAGCUGAUGUUUUUUCAGCUAAGUUAGAGCUAACUACAUUAGCAUUUAGUGCAGAGUGGUCAGUCAGUCACCAACCAAUGCAGAAUACACACAAGAUUCUUAUUUCUGUGUAAGUGUCUAACUUGCAUUAGACUAAUCUAAGAGUAAAAUGAAGGCUGGCUUAACACUGGAGUGCUGCAUGCUGUCACCGGGGCUAAGCUAACUGUCGAAAAGUGCAAAGUACAAAAAAGUGUAGGCUGACACCUUGUUGCAACAUGUGCAUGUGGAGUUUUGGAAUUGUUAAAAUACAUAUUUGAGUGGCAGUAACGAAAGUAAUGUAAUGUAAAGUAUGUAAUUACAUUUGUCGAAUAACUUGCCGAACACUCCUGACAAAAGGUUUCCACUGUAGAUAAGAAAAACACCUGCCAUUGUCAUUGCACCCAGUAUGAUUAAAGCCUGUAUUUUCAAUAGAUUUAGUUGUAAAUAUUAUGGACACUGAAGCUGAUAUUCACAUAUGCCUGUAAAAGCGUCACUAUAUUUGGCUCUUCUGUUGACAGUUUUCAGACUGUGUCGUGCUGUAUGACUGAGCUGUUGGACGUAUAAAGCUUGAUGCUUGUUUUGCACCCUUUCCGGUACCCGUCUUUUUAACCAUGAAAAACAAUCUAAUAGGCGCUCCUGUGGAAAUGAAGGAUUCUGAUGUUGUAUGCCAUAUGUAUGUAAUGUGCCAAGCCUCCACACAGCAGCUUUAUCUCAGUGUAUUCAAACAAAAGCAUUCAAACUACACAAUGAGACCUUUUAACUUGGACCUACAGUAUCGUGCAGUGUUUUAUGUACAUCUUCAGAAGUUGUGAAGGAAUGUGGCACGCCCGUUAUUGACUUCUUACAUAAAAAGGAUCGAGCUCAGUUCAAUGUUUUCUGCCUGAGGUUAGGCAACCCGUGCUGCAGGUUUUUGCAACAGCAGCUGAUAUGACUGAUUAACAGCAACUUCAUCCAGAGAGGAGGAACUAAUCAGUCCAAUCAGCAGACGCUCAUCCUCCCUGUCAGCGAGGAUCUCAGAUGUGAGAGUCAAGGAUUAUUCCCAGAGAGUUGAUGACUUUGCUCACUUUAGUGAUGACUGUGCAGAUGGUGAUUCUCAUUCAUUCCCGCACUGGACUGAGGAUUUUUUUUGUUUUUGUUAAAUGUGGACAUUUGCAUGAAAAUCUAAUCCAGGAGGAGCGAAGGACAUUGCUGUUUGGUGUGGAAAAUGAUACCAGUGUGGAACACCAAUAGUGCUUCGAAAUAUAUACAGAGCACAUGAACAAAAGAAUACAUUUUCAUCAGAAAAUACAACGUUUGAUUUUGUAGCACUUUAUAUUACAGCCCACAAAUUACAGUGUAAUUAUUUAGUAUAUAUGAGGUAUCAAUAUAACACUUCCUGCACACCUAUACCAGGACAAAUAUGGGGUGCAGCUUUGUGUUUGAGUAGAGUGCAGAAAAAUUAACACUGGGUAACACGGCAGGAAAUAUGUGUCGUUAUUCCAUUAAGAAUAAGUUAUGGCAUCAUUUAUUUUAACAAGAACAAAACAUUUACACUGUAAUUUGCUGUAUUCUAAAGCAUUACCUUUCAUUUUCACAACUUUAUAGACAUCAUUUCAUUUUUUUGUGCGAAAAAAAACUUGAGGAUUUCUCUUUAAACAUGACAUCAAAAAGAGUAUGUGAGAGCAAACACACACUGAGCAUGCUGUUGAGCGAGGACAUUCAAGAAAGAUUGCUCUUUCCUAGUGUAGGUUUCUUGAGGGAUUCAUAUAUUUUCAGCUUUUAUUUAUUCAUUCACUUUGAUGAUACUGUUUGUACAGCUUUUCAGUGCUUUGUGUGUUUUUACUGAGGUUGGCCUGGUGUGUCUUUUCAACCUUGUUUCUUGUAUUAAUUCAGCCGUGCUGUUUAAAUCAAAUCAUUUACCAGAAUAGAAAAAAGAAAAAGAUUAUUUUCUUGUCUGGUGGAUCUUUCUGUGCUUGAAAUGCAACAUGUGAAAAACAGUUACAGCUCUCUGAAGUACUCUAUCUGAAUGCUAUUUUAAAAUAUAUCCAGGCUUUUGAUUGUGUCUUUAUGCAUUGCUACUUAUACUAUUAUUAUAUUAAACUUUGUGGCAUUUCCUUGAAGAAA